UCGCAUCAUUCACGAUUGCAUCAGCUAUAGUACUAGGAAUACAGAGUCCUGACCUUCUCAUGACUUUUCUGCAUUAUCCGCCAUCUAAGUUAGGAAAAAUGAACACACUUGUAUUGUGUUAGAUGCUGUGGAUUCAAGAUAUUUACGUUGCGACGCAAUCCGUUGCAGAAGACGUAGGAGCAGCUUCCGCUGAACAUCAUAGAGUGUUAGGGAGAUUCCAUAAAGUCGGAUUCGUUAUGCGAUCUGUGAGAGGGUCGUCAAUCUAGUGUUUAUGCAGGUUGUUUGACGAUAUGGGGAAUGCCGGUGACAGAAACCCUCGUACCCCUGUAUGACGAUUUGGAUGGUCUUUGGGGACAUUGUUGCGUUUGAGGAGAGGAGGAUUGGUACGAGGACGUGUCAGGGGUUUUCUGGGGUUUAGUAGGACAGUGUCUUGUGAAAGGAAGAAGAGUCUUUUUCAGCAGUUAGGGCAAAUGUUUGUGAUGUUCAGAAAUCGGGGCUCCUGCGACUGCGGGACAUUGGGUGCUGCUGCGAUAUCCUUGUUGGUGGUGUUAUUGGGUUUGGACUUGGCGAGCUCUGCGAGUUUGACGACUCAAGGUAUGAAAGCUGCUACCCCUGCGAAUAGCACUGUUGAAGCUCAUUACAAAAGUAAUUUGGAAUUGGAGGUAGCUCUUAAGAACUUCACUCGACGUUGCAGGCACAUCUCUAGGCUUUACACCAUUGGGAACAGUACUCUUGGUGUACCCCUGUGGGCGUUGGAAAUUUCAGAUAAGCCUGGAGUUUCUGAGCCCGAACCUGCUUUUAAGUAUGUGGGGAAUAUGCAUGGAGACGAGCCGCUUGGGCGAGAGUUGGUACUUCUGCUUUCAGAUUGGCUGUGCGACAACUACAAGAAAGAUCCUAUGGCCACUCUGAUUGUGGAUAAGUUGCAUCUACAUCUACUCCCAACCAUGAAUCCGGAUGGUUUUGCGGCUCAAAAGCCGGGACCCACGAGAAAUAAUGCGCAUGAUGUUGAUCUUAACCGUGACUUCCCUGACCAGUUUUUUCCUCAAAAUAAUAAUGAAGAAAAGCGGCAGGCUGAAACGCGUUCUGUAAUGAACUGGAUCCGCUCCAGUCGCUUCACGGCAUCAGCUAGCUUCCAUGAGGGGGCUCUUGUUGCUAAUUACCCGUAUGAUGGCACUCCUGACAUAAGUACAAAGUACGCCCCAUCUCCAGACGACAGUACUUUCAAAUAUCUUGCUGGCGUAUACGCUGGGAACCACCCUUUAAUGCUUAAGAGCAAGGAGUUUACUGGUGGCAUUACAAAUGGUGCUCAUUGGUACCCACUUUACGGCGGCAUGCAGGAUUGGAACUACCUACAUGGAAACUGCAUGGAACUUACUUUGGAAAUGAAUGAAAAUAAGUGGCCGCCUCCCGACCAGGUACCCCGAAUCUGGGGUGAACAUCGUAAGAGUAUGUUAGAACUUGCGGCAGCCACAGUCAAGUCAGGAGUACAUGGGCGGGUCAUGUCAUCAAUACAAGGAGAGCCAUUAGCUGCUACAAUUGUAGUCAGCGGCAUAAGCCAUUCGAUGAAUGCAAGUGCUGAAUUUGGAGAUUAUCACCGCCUUCUAGCACCUGGGCAAGUUUAUACAGUGACAGCAAACAUCCCAGGAUACUACAAUCGAACGACUUCUGUAUUUCUUCCCAAUAACUCUGCCGUCACAUUGGAUUUCAUUCUUGAUCCAUUACCUUCUAAUGUUGGUUUUGCUCGACUUAGAGGCCACGGCCUAUUUGAUGAGAAAAACUUUCGAACCAUGAUCCCGCCAGCUGAACAACAAAAGGAGUCUACGAAAGUACCGGCCGAGGAACAGGGAGAGAAAACGCCACCUAUCGAUGUUGCCACCUAUAAACUAACUAAGACACCCACGAAAGGACUGGACUCAGAUUAUGAAUCUGGGUUUGGGUUGACAAUGCAACUCGGUCUAGUUUAUGUGGUGCUCUUAAUUUCAGUUGCUGCUAUUUUAUUCUGUUUGUUCCUUCGGUCUAGAGGCGGCGUACGUUAUCAAGCAUCCCGUGUUCAGAGAACUCUUAAAGAGAGUAUUUAGGGAGUGGACACAGCAGAUUUGGGUUGAUUGGGACCUCGUGCAGGCUAAUGAUUAACAUCACCUUUAUCUUUUGACUGAAGAAUACGCCAUGACCCAAGGAAGUUGGGAGGAUGAUUGAUUUUUGAUUCCUUGUUUUCCGGUUUUUAAUGGUCCAUGAGCAUGAAGCUGAUACCAGGACAUCGAGAGUAUUUACACCUGGAUGAGGUGUUUUGGAUUGAGCUCAAGCAGCGAAGCCUCAUCAUAGCACCAGUCGGGAAGCAUAACUACAGAUCAUCAGUUCUUGUGCCUGGAUUUGUAGGGUUUGAUACGAUUGGCAUAGUUGACAUGGGAACCAGACCUAGUUGCACAUAUUGUAGCAUUUAUUGUCUGUAGACAGGCCAUUAUUAACCUGGAGUUCAGGUUCUUCACACGUUUGGAUUUAAGGUGGCACGGAUAAUACCGCAUUAGAUUCUGGAUGUGUUUUGUGCACAAAGCCAGCUUGCAUUGCUAAUCAUUUGGAGACCAUUCAUAUCUUUCCUUGAGUUGUAAUCGGAUGCGCGAGUGUUUGAGAGUU